AUGACUGGAGAUAGUCGGUCGGAGGUAAAGGAACUGGAUGCGUGGAUCGAGCAGCUGUAUAACUGCCAACAGUUAUCGGAAGCGCAUGUUAAAUCACUGUGCGAUAAAGCUAAAGAAAUCCUGACUAAAGAAUCCAAUGUACAAAAUGUCUCUAGCCCGGUUACCGUUUGUGGUGACGUUCAUGGUCAAUUCCAUGAUAUGAUGGAGUUAUUUCGGAUCGGUGGAAAAGCUCCGGAUACUAAUUAUUUGUUUAUGGGCGACUAUGUCGAUCGGGGUUAUUGCUCGGUAGAAACUGUCACACUUCUUGUUGCUCUUAAAGUUCGUUUUCGCGACCGGAUCACUGUUCUCCGAGGGAAUCAUGAAAGCAGACAGAUUACUCAAGUGUAUGGAUUCUAUGAUGAGUGUCUGCGAAAAUAUGGCAAUUCUAAUGUGUGGAAGUAUUUUACUGACCUUUUCGAUUAUCUUCCUCUCACAGCCUUGGUUGAUAAUUCAAUAUUUUGUUUACAUGGUGGACUCUCACCAUCAAUUGAUACCCUGGAUCAUAUUCGAGCUCUAGAUCGCAUCCAGGAGGUUCCUCACGAGGGGCCAAUGUGCGAUCUUUUGUGGUCGGACCCCGACGAUAGAGGUGGUUGGGGUAUCAGUCCUCGCGGUGCCGGUUACACCUUCGGGCAGGAUAUUUCGGAACAAUUUAAUCACAGCAACAGCCUAUCCUUAAUCAGCCGUGCCCACCAGCUGGUUAUGGAAGGCUUCAACUGGUGCCACGAACGAAAUGUCGUCACUAUUUUCAGCGCCCCCAACUACUGCUAUCGAUGUGGUAACCAGGCGGCCAUAAUGGAGCUUGACGACAAUCUCAAGUACACCUUCCUCCAGUUUGAUCCAGCACCUAGACGCGGAGAGCCACACGUAUCCCGUCGCACUCCGGACUACUUCCUCUAA